CACACCCGCCGCGCGGCCAGGCCACCGGCCUCUCGUCCUGUUUCUCCUGAAAACUACUUUUUCCGGUAAAACUUCUCGGUUAUUGUUUCCAAUAACCGAGAGCCCCGCCCCCACCGAGCAGCGGACGGUGACGUCACUGCCGCCUCACCGCAGGAGACGCGUGGAGUAGGCGGAGCUUAGCGAUGGCGGGCGCGUCGGUGAAGGUGGCGGUGCGAGUCCGCCCGUUCAACUCCAGGGAGAUGGGACGCAACGCCAAGUGUGUGAUCCAGAUGCAGGGAAACACCACCUGUAUCUCCAACCCCAAACAGCUCAAAGAUGGAGCCAAGAACUUCACCUUCGACUAUUCCUACUGGUCACACACAACGAAUGAGGACCCCAGCUUUGCAUGUCAGAGGCAGGUGUAUAAGGACAUCGGAGAGGAGAUGCUGCUGCACGCCUUCGAAGGAUACAAUGUGUGCAUUUUUGCGUACGGUCAGACGGGUGGAGGAAAGAGCUACACCAUGAUGGGAAAACAGGAGCCGGGACAGGAAGGGAUCAUUCCACAGCUGUGUGCAGACUUGUUCCAGAGAACAGGAGAGAACUCUGAUCCUGACCUGACCUACUCCGUAGAGGUGUCCUACAUGGAGAUCUACUGCGAGCGGGUCCGGGAUCUGUUGAACCCCAAGUCCCAGGGUACCCUGCGGGUCCGGGAGCAUCCCAUCCUGGGUCCUUAUGUGGAGGACCUGUCCAAACUGGCUGUGACCGGAUUCCCCGACAUCCGGGACCUGAUGGACGCCGGCAACAAAGCUCGGACGGUUGCGGCCACAAACAUGAAUGAGACGUCGUCCAGGUCACACGCCGUCUUCACCAUCGUCUUCACCCAGAAACGACGAGACCAAAUGACCAGCCUGGACACUGAGAAGGUCAGCAAGAUCAGUCUGGUGGACCUGGCUGGAAGUGAGAGAGCGGACUCCUCGGGGGCAAAGGGCACACGGCUCAAGGAAGGAGCAAACAUCAAUAAAUCUCUGACCACGUUGGGAAAAGUUAUAUCUGCUUUGGCCGAAAUGCAGAGCAAUAAGAAGAGGAAAAGUGAUUUCAUUCCCUACAGAGACUCUGUUCUCACCUGGCUGCUGAAGGAAAACCUGGGAGGAAACUCUCGGACGGCCAUGAUCGCUGCUCUGAGUCCUGCUGACAUCAACUAUGAAGAAACCCUGAGCACUCUGAGGUACGCUGACCGCGCAAAACAGAUCCGAUGCAACGCCGUGAUCAACGAAGAUCCAAACGCCAAACUGAUCCGAGAGCUGAAGGGAGAAGUGGAACGACUGAGGAACCUCCUGUUCUCCCAGGGGCUCCAGGAGCUGCUGGACAACGCAGUAAACAACAACACCAACGGUCCUCCUGCUGUUGUGGGCGUGUCCCCCUCCCCUCUGCAGCUGGCUCUCACAGCCAAUGGGAUCUCACCUCAGAAUGGCUCCGCCCCUCCAGAGGCCGAGCCGUCGUCCACCGGCGACGCACCUGCCGACGCCGACCACCUGAUGGAGGAGGGGGAGGAGGCAGAGGAGGCGGUUGCCACGGAGACCAUCAGUAAAGAGGAAGCGGCUGAGAGGCUGAUGGAGACGGAGAAGAUCAUCGCAGAGCUGAACGAGACCUGGGAGGAGAAACUACGGAAGACCGAAUCCAUUCGCCUGGAGAGAGAGUCCCUGCUGGCGGAGAUGGGUGUGUCCAUUAAAGAAGAUGGAGGAACGCUGGGCGUCUUCUCUCCUAAAGGAACGCCUCACCUGGUCAACCUGAACGAGGACCCGCUGAUGUCGGAGUGUCUCCUGUACUACAUCAAGGAGGGCUUCACCAGGGUCGGACAGCAGGACGUCGACAUCAAGCUGUCGGGUCACUUCAUCAAAGAGAUCCACUGUGUGUUUGUGAGUGAGACCAACGAGCAGGGAGAAGUGGUCGUGACUCUGGAGCCGUUAGUCGGAGCGGAGACGUACGUCAACGGGAAACAGAUCGACGACGCCGUCGUCCUCAAACAAGGUCACCGCAUCGUGAUGGGGAAGAACCACGUGUUUCGGUUCAACCACCCGGAGCAGGCUCGGCUGGAGAGGGAGCGCAGUGUGACGGCCGACCAGCAGGGGGAGCCGGAGGACUGGAACUACGCCCAGAAGGAGCUGCUGGAGAAACAGGGCAUCGACAUCAAGCUGGAGAUGGAGAAGAGACUGCAGGACAUGGAGGUUCAGUACCGUAGAGAGAAGGAGGAGGCUGACCUGCUGCUGGAGCAACACAGACUGUAUGCAGACAGUGACAGCGGAGACGACUCAGACAAACGCAGCUGUGAGGAGAGCUGGAGGCUGAUCUCCUCACUGAGAGAGAAGCUACCUGCUAACAAGGUUCAGUCCAUAGUGAAGCGUUGUGGUCUCCCCAGCAGUGGGAAGAGGAGGGAGCCUCUCCGGGUCUAUCAGAUCCCUCAGAGGAGGAGGAUCAGCAAAGACCCCAAACGGGUCACCAUGGAGGACCUCCGCAUGCAGGCGGUGAAGGAGAUCUGCUACGAGGUGGCUCUGGGAGACUUCCGUCACUCCCGUCAGGAGAUCGAGGCUCUGUCCAUCGUCAAGAUGAAGGAGCUCAGCAGAAUGUACUCAAAGAAGGACCCCAACGAGAGGGAGAGCUGGAGGGCCGUGGCCCAGGACGUGUGUGACACAGUGGGCAUCGGAGAGGAGAGGAGCCCCCAGGAGGAGGGGGGGGGAGGAGGAGGGGAGACGGGGGAGGGAGGAGAGAAGAAGGCGUAUGACCUGAAGGCUCACAUCGAUAAACUGACUGACAUUCUGGAGGAGGUGAAGCUGCAGAACAACAUGAAGGACGAGGAGAUCAAAGCCCUGAGAGACCGGAUGAUCAAGAUGGAGAGCAUCAUACCUGUCCAGGACGACAACGACGACGACGAGAACGGUGAAGAAGAAGAAGAAGAAGAAGAGGGCGGGUCGCCACAGAGGGAGGAGGGCGAGGCCGGCGGCGACGCACCCCCCCGCAUACCGGAGGUCAAGGUGAAGCGUCUGAUGGACGAGGACCCGGCGUUCAGGAGAGGGCGCCUCCGCUGGCUGAAGCAGGAACAGCAGCGGCUCCUCAACCUGCAGCAGCAGAGCAUCACCAAGAAACUACGAGGACAGAACCAGAACCAGAACCAGGGUCAGAACUCCCCCGUUGUCCCCGUCCAUCUCCCCGGGACCGGCCGCUUCAUCCCCCCCAGGAGUGCAAGCUCAAGUUCCCCUUCAAGAGUAACCCCGCCCACCGGUUGUCAUGGGGACCAGCCAGCGCCGCCCUGCAGGCUCUGGGUCUGGGGGAGGGAGGAGACUGGGGGAGGAGGGAGGAGGGGUGGAGGGUAAAGCUUCUCCAUCGCCCCCUCCCCCUCCGGGCCCCGGCCUCUUGCCCCCCCCUUCCAGGCUCCGCCCCCUCGCAUGCGCACCCCCAGCCCUCAUC